AAAUUUGAUUCAAUCACCACUUUAAGUACACUUUUCUUCUUCUUCUUCUUCAAGUCCACCACAUUUUUGUCUGGUUUUUUUUUUUUUUCCAAUCCAUCAAGCUAUGUCAAACACAUGUUCUUACCACCACCAAAAAACCUGUCUCUAUUGGUAUCUCACUCUCGUCUUCUGUUUUUUCUCACCAUUUUCAGUCAAAUCCAAUGAACUCCAAAUCUUAUUGAAUCUAAAAUCCGCUCUCAACAAAUCCACAACCACUGCUUUCAAUUCAUGGCAAACCCCAAAUUCCAUUUGUACCUUCAAUGGAAUCACUUGUAACCAUGAAGGUUUCAUUACAGAACUCGACCUUUCAACUCAGAACCUAACCGGUAUUCUUCCAUUUGAGUCGCUAUGCAAGCUUCCAUCUUUAGAAAAACUCUCUUUUGGUUACAAUUCAUUACACGGUCCGAUCACCGGAGAGUUAAAUAAUUGUGUAAAGCUUCAAUAUUUAGACCUUGGGAACAAUUUUUUCACUGGUUUCUUCCCGGAUAUAUCUUCUCUUAUUCAAUUAAAGUUCCUUCAUUUGAACAAGAGUGGAUUUUCCGGAAAAUUUCCAUGGAAAUCGCUGGAAAAUUUUACCGAUCUUGCUGUUUUAAGCAUUGGUGAUAACCCUUUUGAUCGUUUUCAAUUCCCAGAUCAGAUUUUCAAGUUAAAGAAAUUGAAUUGGCUUUAUAUGGCGAAUUGUAGUAUUGAAGGGAAGAUUCCAUCCGCCAUUGGUGACCUUAUUGAGCUUAUAAACUUAGAGCUUGAAUACAAUUUUUUAUCUGGUGAAAUCCCAAUAGAGAUUUCAAAGCUUCAUAAUUUAUGGCAGCUUGAGCUUUACUACAAUAAUCUCACCGGAAAACUCCCUGUCGGAUUAAGAAACCUUACAAAGCUUGAAUUUUUCGAUGCUUCGGCCAACAAGCUUGAAGGAAACAUAUCAGAAAUGGGGUAUUUGAACAACUUGGUAAGCCUUCAUCUUUAUCAGAACAAAUUCACCGGCGAAAUCCCACCGGAGUUUGGUCAAUUCAGAAAACUGGUUAAUUUGUCUCUGUAUGAAAACAUGUUAACCGGCCCUUUGCCGGAAAAUCUUGGUUCUUGGGCUAAUUUCGAUUACAUCGAUGUGUCGGAAAAUUCCUUGACUGGUCCAAUCCCUCCUUACAUGUGUAAACAAGGUACCAUGAGAGGCCUCCUUUUGGUUCAGAACAGGUUCACCGGCGAAAUUCCGGCGAGUUACGGGAAUUGUAAAACUUUGAAGCGGUUUAGAGUCAACAACAACUCACUUUCCGGCGUAGUUCCGACGGGAAUAUGGGGGUUGCCGAUGGUGGAUAUAAUCGACAUUGCUUAUAAUCGAUUUGAUGGGCCGAUUACAUCUGAUAUAAAGAAUGCAAAGGUGAUGAGUAUACUUUCAGUAGGAUUUAACAGAUUAUCAGGUGAGUUACCGCAAGAGAUUUCGAAAGCCAUAUCCUUGGUUAAAAUUGAGGUUAAUGAUAAUAAAUUUUCCGGGAAAAUUCCACAUGGAAUUGGGGAAUUGAAAAGAUUAAACAUCCUUAAAUUCCACAACAACAUGUUGUCUGGUUCCAUACCUGAGUCAUUGUGUUCUUGUGUUUCACUUAGUGACAUAAACAUGGCUGUCAAUUCACUUUCCGGUAAAAUCCCAUCAUGUUUAGGAUCUUUAGCGACGUUGAAUUCUUUGAAUUUGUCACUAAAUGAACUUUCCGGAAAAAUUCCAGAAAGUUUAUCGUCACUAAAGUUGAACCUUUUUGAUCUGUCUUAUAAUCGUUUAGCUGGUCCUAUACCAGAGUCUUUAUCCAUUGAAGCUUAUAAUGGUAGCUUGGUUGGAAACCCGGGCCUUUGUAGUUCGACCAACCGAUCUUUCAAGCGAUGUCAAUUGGGUUCCGGCAUGUCAAAAGAUGUUCAUACGAUUAUAGUUUGUUUCGUGAUCGGCGUGACGGUCUUGCUUGUUUCGAUAGGAUGCUUCUUGUAUUUGAAGAGGACUGAAAAAGAUAAAAAUGGUGAUGGUCAUUCAUUGAAGGAAGAAUCAUGGGAUGUUAAGUCUUUCCAUGUUUUAACUUUCACUGAAGAUGAAAUCCUUGAUUCGAUCAAGCAAGAGAAUUUGAUUGGAAAAGGCGGGUCCGGGAAUGUAUACAAGGUAAUGCUAUCUAACAGAGCGGAACUCGCUGUGAAACACAUAUGGAACACGAAGUCUAACAGCCGGAGAAAGACCCGGAGUAGUGCCCCGAUGUUAACCAAACAUGACGGUAAGGCAAAAGAAUUUGAAGCCGAGGUCCGGACAUUGAGCUCAAUAAGACAUGUCAAUGUGGUUAAGCUUUAUUGCAGCAUUACUAGUGAGGAUUCAAGCUUGUUGGUGUAUGAAUACUUGCCAAACGGCAGCUUAUGGGAUCGGUUACAUACGAGUAAGAAAAUGGAGCUUGAUUGGGAUACAAGGUACGAGAUUGCAAUCGGAGCAGCUAAAGGACUUGAAUACCUUCAUCAUGGAUGCGAAAAGCCGGUGCUUCACCGAGAUGUAAAAUCAAGUAACAUACUGUUAGAUGAAUAUUUGAAGCCAAAGAUUUCGGAUUUCGGACUUGCCAAGAUUGUUCAAGCCAAAAGUAGCAUUGGUAAUGACUCCACCCAUGUCAUUGCAGGAACCCAUGGUUACAUAGCGCCCGAAUACGGCUACACCUGCAAAGUCGACGAGAAGAGCGAUGUAUAUAGUUUCGGUGUGGUAUUACUGGAGUUAGUGACCGGAAAAAAGCCAAUAGAGCAGGAAUAUGGAGAAAAUAAGGACAUUGUGAGUUGGGUUGGCAGCAAUUUAAAGGGCAAAGAGAGUGUUUUAAGCAUAGUGGACCCAAAUAUACCACAUGCAUUCAAAGAGGAUGCAAUGAAGGUGUUGAAGAUUGCCAUUUUGUGCACCACUACACUGCCUGCCCUAAGACCCACCAUGAGAAGAGUGGUUCAAAUGCUCAAAGAAGCUGGACCCUACCGAUUGGUCGGGAUUGUUAUCGGUAAGGACAGUAACCUGAAGGAAAAGGAAAACAAUUGAUGGAUUCAUAUAGUAACAUAUGGAGUAACUUUUUUUUGUAACAUAUUAGGUAAUUUCAUCAGCAUGUCAUUGGUUGUGUGGUAUAUUGGCCUAGUUUUAGAUGGGCGGUUCAAAAAGUUUCGGGUUUUUCUUUUUUCGAUUCAGUUAAUUUUGAGUUAAGGUAGUUCAAGUUUUUGUGUCUAGUCAUUACAUGUUUUAAUAUUUCAGAUUUAACUUUAGAUUAGAUAAAUUUAAAUUAUUAAUUUUCAUGAUCAAAUCAAGUUGAGACCUAAGACAAA